UUUAAAUUAUUUUAGGGUUUUACUCUGCUUCGUAAACCCUAAUUUCAUUCUUUAUUUUACUUCGAUUUCGAUUCUUCCCCAAUUCUAUUUUCUUCUCCCCCCGAAAUCUCAAAUAAUAGCUAAUAAAGGAUCGGAGAUAUGGCCGAAGCUAAUACCAAAAGCGGUUCAGUCGAAAAUUCUAGAGUGACAUGGGAAGGUUGCAGCGUCUUGCUCGAUAUCAACGAUGGCGAUCGCUUGGUUUUCGCUCGUCUAUCUGCGGCUGCGACAUUGAAAAUUGGUAAUAAGAACUAUUCUCUGCAACCCUUGAUCGAUUGCCCAUUCGGUUCAGUUUUCCGCGUCGAAACUGGAAGCGGAGGAUCUUGUUUGACUCGCUCCAGUCCCUCCUCAGAAGGUAACAAUGCUCAAGAAAGUAAUGGUUUUCAAUCGAAAGACGAGUCGUCCAAGGACAAUCGAGCACUCGUUGAUGACAAUAAAGCUCAGAGCUUGACUGGGGAAGACAUAGAUGCAAUGCGAAGAGAGGGUGCAACAGGUGAUGAUAUAGUCGAAGCUCUUAUUGCAAAUAGUUCGACAUUUGAGAACAAAACAUUGUUUUCCCAAGAGAAAUAUAGGAUUAAAAAGCAGAAGAAGUAUGCCCCCAAAGUGCUAUUGAGGCGCCCAGUUGCUCGGAGUAUCUGCGAGGCUUAUUUCAAGAAAUAUCCUUCAAGAAUUGGGUUUUUGAGAGUUGAUACCUUAUCUCUUUUACUGUCAUUUGCUAAUGUCUCUGCAAAUUCUGAAGCCCUUGUGGUCGAUAUGGUUGGUGGUCUGGUUACUGGUGCUGUGGCUGAAAGGUUGGGAGGUACUGGUUCAGGUCAUGUAUGCAGUGCCUACCUUGGAAAGACACCUUGUUCUAUAGAGAUAGUGAGAAUAUUCAACUUUGGCAGUGAUAUUUGCAAGAGCAUUCUUCGGUCUUCUCUUGAUGACUUGACUAUUACUUCCAGUUCCACCCAGAAUGGGAGCUUAGAUCAAAUUGAUGAGGGUGAUUCUUCUACCAUGAAAGGUGGCUUGUUAGAUCAUCAUGACCAAACCUCAGAUGACAUUUCUCAUGUAAUGAGAAGUUGCAAAUCUGUAAAGAAAGCUGGGCAGAAAGCACCUGAAGAAGUGAUCAAAUUGUGGAAAGAAAAUGGCUUUUCUAGUCUGAUAGUUGCUGCACCGGAUUCGGAUACAUGGAGUUUGGUUAAAGAUUUGUUGCCCCUUUUAUCAAAUUCAGCUCCUUUUGCAAUUUAUCACCAGUUCCUUCAGCCUCUAGCAACGUGUAUGCACAAUCUACAGCUUGAGAAAAUGGCAAUUGGGUUGCAAAUUUCAGAGCCUUGGUUGCGAGAAUAUCAGGUCCUUCCUUCGAGAACCCAUCCUUUCAUGCAGAUGUGUGCAUUUGGUGGUUAUAUUCUUAGUGGCACUAAGAUUUGCAGCAGCAGCAGCAUGUAGUCCUAUCGAAGCAAGCCAUAUUUUCAUUCCAAGUGCCAAGUCUCAUCAUUUUUGUAGUGUUACUGCUUGGUUACUUGUUUUUUACCAAAAUGAAAUGAAUUUAUUUUUACUGGUUUA